AUGUUUUUAUUUCCAAAAUCUGGUCUUGGACGAUUUCUUUUAUUAGUUAUUAUAAUAUCAACACUAUCUUAUAUGGUACUUAACAUAGUUUCGUUUGCCGGAACUCCAUGGAUAACUACUAAUGUUGAAAACAUUCAGUUUGGCCUUUGGAAAGUUUGUGAUAAAUCAACAAACGGAUCUUGUAACCAAUGGUCUGAUAGAGUAUAUAAUACAAAUACUACGAGAAAUACUUUUUCAAGAGGAAAACCAAGUUAUAUUCGAACAAGUCAAGCAUUAGAAAUAAUAUCUUUAAUAUUUUAUGCAUUUGCUGCUGCUCUUAUUAUAAUUGGAAUAAUUAAUUCAGAUGGAUUACCAUAUAUUUUUAUGUUUCUUGGUGCUGCUGCACUUUUGUUCGUUGCAAUGGUAUUUCUCUCAGCAACAUUAGGUGUAAUGUCUGUUCAAGGUCGUUCGAAUCGUAUAUCAGCAUUUCUUGACUGGGCAUGGUGGAAUGGGAUGGUUGGUCUUAUUAUGACUAUAAUCUGUUUUUUCGCAUUAAUUGCUUUAAUUCUUGAUAUGAAAUUCUCUUCAGUAAAUCGACAAAUACCAAAAUUGAAAAGAAAACCAAAGCAAACAGAUAUAUUUGUUGCUCAACAAACUGUGCCAUAUCCUAUGUCAAUGCCAGUAACAUUACCACCAAUAAUAGCACCAAAUACAUUCGUAACUCCACCAAUGAGCUAUGAAAAUUAUCACGGAUACAAUUAUCAAAAUACAAAUAAUUAUUUUUCUUUACCUGAAAAUAAUCUUCCAGUAGUUUAUAAUAAUUUUCCGAUUGCUGAUAAUAAUUAUCCUACAGUUGAUAAUAAUUUAAAUGGAUAUUUUUUAAAUCCUCCAUUAACAUACGGAGGAGGUCAAUAUCCAUGGGAUGAAUAUUCGAAUAAUCAAACUCCAUCACCGAUGAUCUCAAAUUUAGCUCGAGAAUGUGUGUUACGUGCGUCCGAUGCUCAAUAUGAAAGAGAUUUACUUGGAACAUAUGGACAAUCUGUUCAACCGUCGUAUUAUACGAAUACUUAUCUUUAG